ACGAACUACAGCCAUGAAGCUGCCAAUCUACUUGCCAACUUAAAAAGCAACUUUUCAGAGCAAAUGGCCUACAUAGUCACCCACAACAGGACAGUUAAUGUGUCUGGACGUCCAGGAAAAGGCAAGCCCAUAGACAUGGCAAUCGAACACCACAAUUUAAUUCUAAAAAAUGCCCUUCGUUCCUCAAGUGCCAAUGUCACAGAGGAGCAUCUCUCAACCAUUAGCCUAGCAUCACAGCAACUGCAUGAAGCAGCAAUUUUGUACGACACAGAAUUAAAUAUCUCAGUAUAUGAUGGAACUCACACGGAGACUUCCUCCCAAAAUGACAUACUAAAAAUGACUAAGUCGUUGUUAGAGAACAGAGUUACUACAAAGAUACCAGGCCGGCACAUUCAAUCUUCUCAACCAUUUGAACCACCAUUCGACAUUGGGUGGAAUGUGGCAAUUGGAAAGCGCUGGAUCAAGAAGUUUCUGAAAAAAACCGAAACAAUAGAAGACUUUGAAUGUAAUGACAGAGAAUACCAUAAUGAUAUGGAGGACAUUGAGAUUACUAAAAGUGUGUGGCAAGAUUUUUAAAAUUAUGCACAUGAUACCUGUACAAACUGAUGGGCACCAUUGCAACACCAAAGUGAUAUGCCAGUAAAAUUUAACUUAUGUCUACAUUACCUCUUUUGUAACAAUACUUAUUAAAUUUAGUAACAAUAACAGCAUUAUAUAUCUCUUUGUAACUCUGUAGUGCUUCUGUUUAUCCAAGAAGCUUAGUAGCUCAAUGACAUAAAUAUUGUUUUAACAACUGUCAGUUCUAUUUAAAUGAGCUCUACAUAGUUUAGAGUCUUGUUGAGUAAUGUAGCCGUAUUACAGAUAUAUGAUCUUUCAACAGAGGAACAGACACAAGGAGCUAAAACCGAACGUAUUUAGGAAGAAUACAAUAAUUGUGUAGAACUAGCUGUUAUCUCUGCUGACACAUCUUAUUGUGUAUUGCAAUAUAAUUACACAUCCUGACAUAUUAUAUAGUAUUACUAACAUCACAUAGAGGCUGUACAGUAGC